AUGAUCAUGGCCAGUCAGAAAAAGCCCCAACGCGUAGAGACAGACAUGAUUCAGAUCAUACAUGACAAGCUUAGGGCGGUUUCUGAGACCCUCAUUCACACAAGGCAGCAAGUCAAAAACUAUAAAGAGGUGUUUGACGCACUGAUGAGGAGCUCUUCCUUACAGGUCAAAUGCUUUGUUCACUACUUCACUAUAGGCACUAGCAAAGCCAGUUCUGUGUUCUGGUUUUAUUAAACUUGUGAAUCUAUGACACGCAAGGCUGACUUAACCCUAACCCUUGAUAUGUAACAAGGAAUCACGAUGUUUUUAAUUAUAAAUAUAUGGAACAAAGUUUUUUAGCUCAAACCACCAUUUUGUUUUAAAUUCCAUAAUAAGCAUAUCUAACCAUUGAUGACAUUGGCCUCUAUGUCAUUUAAAUACUGCCAAACAAUUUCCCUCUGUGGUUUGGAGUAUGGUAAUAAGGGGCAGAGACUGCAAUCAGCAAAAAAGUAAAUGAGUGAAACUAUGAAUGGGAAAACCUGAAAAAAGGAACGUAACAAAACAACGAGCGCGUCGGCAAGAAGCGUUCAUCAGCGAACAAACAACAGUAAAAAGAUAAUAAAUUUUUUAAAUCCUCUUGGUUACUACAUUUCAGCUAAGUGUUAUUUUUGUUUCAUUUGUAUGUUUUCCUUAGAUUCAAGAGGCCAUAAAAACAACUGAUGAGAAAAAUAAGGAACUGGUCAUGAAGUACUCAAGAGAAAUAAAGCUCCGCAAGUUGUACCACAACCAGCUGGUUGAGCUAAGAGGUCAGUGUCUUUUAAUAAAGUUUACUGCAGUAAAGAGUUGGCAGGCGGGCUGUCAAACUUAAAGUCAGUCACAUGGUGACAAUGUUACUGUUUGUGCCACUGGUUGUGUCACACUUAAAAAAUUUGUUUAAUGUGGCAUUAGUGGUAAUCCAAGCAUGGAAAGGAAAAACAUUAGUUAGGUCUAAGUGGCAGGAAGUAGUGAGGCAGGCUAAAUCCCUACUUGGGCUGUAGCGCCACAGGGAUGGAUGGAUGGCCUUAGUGGAAGUUAAGAAUCAUACACAGUGCUCUGGGUGAAGAAUCUAUCAAUUCAAUGUAAUCCUUGAAGCAGGUCGGUGUGUACAUUUUAUUGGUCAGCUUUUAAGGAUAAACCUAGAAUUUCAUGAAACAUUUAAAUAAGUAUACCCUAUUCUUUCCUAUACUCCACACCCCCUAUGAAUUUUACAUUGUUUUACUAACUCUAGCGCCCUACAAAAGUAACAAUGCAUUUUAUUAUUUUAAAGGAUGUGGGAAUGAUCACAUAAUUUUCUUCAUUGAAUUGCAAAGACAACUGAACAUUUGUGACUUACUGCAUAAAAGAAAAUAUUCAUAAAUUUGUUUUUUAAAUAUAUACAAAUUUAUAUCCACUUUAAAAGCUGCUCUUAUAUUCACUUUUCCCUCAAACCCCCAGAAAUGCCCCACCCCACUCUUCCCGGGUUGCAAGCACCCCAUAUUGGGUAGCCCUUAUUUAAAUUAUCAAUUCAGCUUUUUUUUUUCUUUUUUUUUUCCUAAACAUGAAAAACUUUAUUAAUGCACUUCUCCAGGUAACAUUCGUGUUUACUGUCGUGUAAGACCUUGCAUCAAAGAGGAUUGCCAGACGGUGUCAAUCAUAAACACAGACACUUAUGAUGAUGGCCUCAUCUUCAUCAACACAAAGGCUGGCAAGAGUCAACAGUUCCAGUUGGAUAAGGUGUUUAAUAUGGACAUAUCCCAGAGUCAAGUACGUUAAAAGACCUUAAUUUCCUCAUUAUUUUUAGGACUUUAAUAUCCCUUAUCCAGGUAUGUUUAAGAUUUCAAUAUCUCAUAUCCAGGUUUUGUUUAAGGCUUUAAUAUCCCAUACCCAGGUAUGUUUAGGACCAGUAUAUCCCAUAUCCAGGCAAAUGUUGAGGAUCUUCUUACAUAUUCAUUUGAAUAACCUGUUUUGUGUUUUGUUCUCAUCGUUGAUCAGAUAUUUGAAGAAGUUUCCUCCUUGGUUAGAUCCACCAUCGAUGGCUUCAAUGUUUGUAUUUUUGCAUAUGGACAGACAGGCUCUGGUAAAACUUACACCAUGGAGGUAAGUUAUUUUUCAUAUCUAUAAACUAAGGUUUCUGUUUGGUUUUUGUUUGCUCCCACACCCCUUAUGAUUUGUAAUUGAACUUAAACCCUUAGAUUGUUCUUAUGAAUCCAUACGACACAAAAGAUUUGAUUUAAAAAAGGACGAAAUUGUUAAGUACCUUUAUGGUUUGAAAAUUUAAUCUUUUUUAAGAUUUGGCUCGUAGAAUGAACAAUGCGUAACAAAAUACUGAAAGUCAUUAUACAAAGAAAAAUUAUACCAAAAUUAGUGAUACUAAUAAUAUUAAAUUUAAUUAUACUAUUGAAUUGCUUUAAAAAUAUCAAUUCAAAUAUACAGAAACAAAAAUAACUAUCAACUUACAGCACAGCGAGUGAAAAGGUGCACGCCUCGAAAAGUACAAAUAUUAAUACAAUACACACACAUAAAUAGUACAAUAUUGGAAUUCUAUAAAGUCUCAUAUUUGUUAGGAAGUGUAGCAAAAAUCUCUCGGCUAAGAAAUCAGCCCACAUCAACUUUAGAUCAACACCCUCUAAUACAUAAAUUAUAGAAAUUGCGUCAUCUACUAGCAUUCUCCAGAACAAAUAGAACAUAUGUGAAGGUAAAAAACCUUUGCCCAAUCAAGAAAGUGGCGGGUAAAAGGGAGUGGCACAGUGCUACACAUUUAAUAGCUGACAUCAAUAUUAAAACAAAGGGGAGACAAGUGGUGGUCGCUAAAAUAAUGCCUACACGUAUGCCAUAACAAAAUAAAUACUGUUUGUGAUAUCUUUUAAUUUUAUGUGAUACAAUAUAUUAUUAUUAUUGUUUCAGCAUUUUAAACAUAUUAAGCCUGAAAUAUAUUAUUAGAGUCUUAGGUUAGAAAUAAUUUUUUUGCAAACACAUGUUUAUAACACAAUGUAUCACAGUAUGGGGCACAGGGACGCCAGCGUGAAACUUAGGAGACAGCUGAUUAUGUAACAUGAUGUGUUGAUUUGUAAAUCUGUUACAAAGUUCUAUAUCUGUAAUGGAAAAUUUUUAAAAAAAUUUAAAACACACCACCAGGUUGGUUUAUUUUAAGGCUAUCACUCAUAAAAUUACUUUUCUUAUAACCAGCUUCACUAAUGUUAUAAUAUGUCUUCAUAAUCUGCAUCACUCUGCAUAUCUCUCUGUUAACUCCUGUUUAGGGCCCAUCCAGCGACCCAGGAGUCAACCAGCGAGCGCUUAAAUUCCUCUACGAGGAAACAAAGAACUCCUCCUGGCAUUACACUAUUGCUGCCAGCAUGCUGGAAAUAUACAAUGAAUCCAUCAGGUGAGACAAUGUGGAAAGUACUAGCAUAUUUUGUUUCUCAUUUUCAUUACAGUAAUCAUCUUUGUACUCCAUGUAUUUUAGUGAAAUAUAUAUUUUUUUUUAUUAAUUAUCUGUUGUUAACAUUAUCCAAUUCUUUAAAAAAUAUUUGCUAAGACUACCUUGUUAUGUCCAAGUUUUCUUUCACUUAUUUAUAUGAGACAUAUUCUGUAAAUCUGUAUGGAAAUAUUUGUCUUGGUUUGUUUUUUUUGUCUGCCUUUGGUAUUUUAACUUUUGUUUGUUUUUGUGGAUUGAUUCAGUGAGCACUUAUUCCAUUGAAAUUCAAAUACUGAAUUGGAGGAUUGAAUUAGUUUUACUGUGUGUUGAGCUAUCUUUUGUUUUCAUAAGAAGUUUUCAUUGCCAUGAGUGCAAUAUUUAGCUUAAACCAGAAGCAGCAGAAAUCUUUCAAGUUUAGUGACACAAGCUGUUUUGUGUUGAUAUUGAUAUUUUUAAAAAGUAUUUUCACAUUUGAUAAGUUUGAAUUUUGGAAAUUUCAAGAAUUUUUUGUUUUAUCACAUUGGCCUCUUUCUAUGUUUUAAAAAAAAAAUAUAGCUCCGCACUGUUUGGAAAUUAUUCCUUCCUGAUUAAACAAAGACUUUUUUGUAACAUUAUAUUUAAUGACAUUAAUGCUAUAAAUAUGACUGAUGGAAACAAUGCAGCAAGAUCCAUGUCAGUUGUAUUAUUGUGACUGCUUUUUACCAAUGUUCUUACUUAAACUCUAUAAACAUUUCACAGGGAUUUGCUGAACCCAGAUCCUCAGGCAGAGAAACUUGAGGUGAAGAUGAAGCCAGAAGGUGGGCUGCACGUUCCUGGUCUUGUCAUGGUGCCAGUACAGUCCCUUGAGGAGGUCAAUAAGGUAGGAAUAUUUUUACACUACCAAUCACUUAUUCUUAAAAUAUUUUUGCUGAGUGAGUCUCACCGUGAUACAAAGUAGGGUUGCACAUUAUCAGAAAGGCAGAUCACUGAUUAAUAGGGCUGAGAUAAUCAGCCAGUGUCGAGAUAAUCAGCCAGUGUCAAGAUAAUCUGACGCAGAUUAGCUAUUAUUUAUUUGGCUUUGCGAUUGAAACACUUAUUGAAAUAGGUUGUACAGGUAAAGGCCUACAUAGAGUUUUGGAAUACCUGAACACCCUCUUGAACUAUUCCACAAAAGUAUUGUUAUAUUUGAAUGCUCAACAGAUCUUUGAAACAGGUCGCAAGAACAGGUCCACAGCUGCGACAAGUAUGAAUGAAAGGUCAUCCAGGUCCCACAGCCUACUGUGCGUGACAGUUGAAGGGUUGAACCUCCUGACAGGCAACAAAACUCAUGGUCAGUCUGUAUUGCCUCACAUUUUUUUUUUUUCCUUCUAUUCUGGGGCUAAGAUUCCAUUUUAAUUUAGUUAAACUUUAGGUAGUUUUUUUUUUUUUUUAAGGGAAAGUAUGUAUGCUCUUGAUCAGAUAGUGAAGCCUACAGCUAAUUUAAUACAAAGAAGUAAUUUAAAACAUUUUUUAUAAAAUAAUUUUAAAAACUUGAGUGUGUUAUUAAAUGGUGUCAUAAGUAUUUUUAAAUAAGGGAUUUUUUUAUGUUCCAAUGAACCUGUAUGUGUUAUGUUUACUUCAAAAAGAAGGCUCAUGUGUCUAAAUAAUUUAGCUUCAUAAGUUGUUGGGGGGGGGUUUUUGUACCAGGUACAUAUGGUAACUGUUCAGGUCAGCCAAUAAAUUACAACUUUGGUAUUAGAUUUACAACAGACGUUAUAAUUUGAGCUUGCAAAAAAAAUCGAUGACAAGGAAUAAUUUUUUAGAAAUAAAUUUUACAGGCUUUUUUUUUUUAAUUGCACCGUAACGCUAAAAGCAGUAUUAACAUUUCUUGACAGCUAAUCAAACAUUUUUUUACAGGAAACUUGUUAUUUUAGAUCUACUUAAUUUUGAGACAUUCCCUUUUUAAUGUAUAUCCAAUAUAAGAAUUCAGUGAAUUGUAUAUUUUUUUUGUAAGGCCUAUAAAAGAUUUUAAAAUAAAUAUAUUAAGCCUCACUUUUUUUUUAUUCAAAGCAAUUUUAGCUCUUAUUAAUAUUGAACUAAACUUUUUAAUCAAGGUCGCCUUAAUCUGGUUGACCUAGCAGGAUCAGAGAGGGUCAGCAAGUCACAUGCAGAUGGGGCCAGGUUGAAGGAAGCUCAGAGUAUAAACAAGUAAGUUUAUAUAAGUGAUUAGGUGAGUAGUUGAUGACAGCAUUUAGGUCAGUAGUUGAUGACAGGGAUUAACUUUCUGCAGUUUGACGCUUUUUUUCAAUUUUGUUAAAAAUCUUAAGGUGAUUUUUAAAAAUAAUUAAUUAACUCAUCUGAAAUAGCUAUGAUCUGAUCAGUUAUAUAUAUUAACUUGUUCAUCUUUGACUCAGCUAUCAUUGUAUAUUUUUUGUAUAUUUUAUUUUAUUAGGUAUAAAAAAAAUUAAAAUAUUAUUUGACAAAUUUUUUUUUUCAUUUUAUGCAAAAUUUUCACACAGAAUUGAAAAUUGGCCUCAUAACUUAUAGAUUGGUAUAUUAAAUAUAUUUCUUGAUAAUUCUUGAGUUAAAGAUAACUAAGUAAAAUUUGAUGAUUUAUAUAAAUAACUCAAAACAAGAGUCAAUGUUAUUUCUUUAAAUGUUAACAUACUGGUAUUCCCUGAGGUUAAAGUUAAUAAAAAUUAAAAUGAUUCAGCACAAAACUGCUAAUUUUGAUAUUAAUGCCCAAUAUGAUCCAUUCCCCAUUAAUCUGAUCUAUUUUUUCCUAUUUACCAGUAAUUUUGAUAUAUCUUUGUUAUAAUCCUCACAUAACACAGGCCGAUAUAGUACAGCAAUCCUUAAUUAUAUUUAUGGAUACUGAACAAAUAUUAUUUCUUUAAACAGUGUGCAGUUUUAUUAUAAUAAUUAUAAUUGAUAAAUAAGAGCUUGUCUUGGACUUUAUUUCCACAUAGGUAACAUUUUUCACCACAUAACAUUCACUCAAUAAAGAACCUGUGAAUAAAAAUUUUAUUGAUUCAUAAAUAAAAUUAACACUAAUGGUACCAGUAAUGGUAUGCUAUCAGUCAGGGAAAAAAUACCAUUAAUCUUUGUCCAAAUGCCUAAAUUAGUAUUAAAGUAAACCAUUGUGCAUAGGAAAUACAUCAUAACAUACGUUAUAACAAUAUUGUGAGUUAUUCUUUAUGUAUUUUGCUACCAAGUGAUUAGAUUAAAACUUACCACCAAUUGUUUUUAGUGUAAAAUCUUCAAAGAUAUUCAUCCAGGAACUCUGUAGCACAGUAAAAGGGUGGAGUCCUGGCUUAAUAUUUAGGAUAAAUAAGGAAUAAGGGCUUCUUGAUCCAAUAUCUGCAUUUUUGUCUCUCUAUCCUCCUUCCCAUUAAAAAGUCAAUGAGGUUUUUUUUUUAUUCUGUCGUGUAGUCUCUACUUAUACUAGUGACUAGCGAUAAUGAUAAUUAAAUAUAAACACAUUUCUACCAAAUAAUGUUAGAAAAUUUAGAAGAUAAUUCAUGGCUGUAACAUAUUUAAAGCAAAUAUAUUUAGUUAAUAACUCAUAAUUCAUUAACUUUAAAUUUAUUUUAUUUACGCAAGUUCCCAUCGGCCGGAGUUUUCUGCUAUUUUUAGAAAAUAUUUAUCUCGCAUAGCAACGCUCUUUAUUUAUUAUAAAAUUAUUGAAACUCAAGAAAAUUCAAAUAGAAAUAUCAAUAUCAGUAUAAAUGGAUAAUAUAUACUUAAGGCAAUUAAAAUUGUAAAAAUAUCACUUUAUUGUUUUAUUAUGAAUUUUAUAGUCGGGAAAUUAUAAUUAAAAUUAAGCUUACUUGUUAAGAUAGCAUUAGUCUGUACUUUUAUAGGCAAAUUGGGAUAAAUUCUAUGAUUAGAGUCUCAGUUUGGGUGCAUUUCUUUAGAAGAACAAAUAACUCCCUUAUAAAUCGGGAAAUUAAAAUCAUUUGACCAUAUUCAUACUUAUAAUUAAUUUUUUUGUGACACUUAUAGUAUUUUGUUUUUUUUUUGUGGAAAUCUGGGAAGCUUUCAUGUGGUGCUCCACGCUGAAUAAAUUUGAUAUUUAAUUUAAUAAAUUUAAUUUUAAUAUUUUUACAAAUACUUAAACCAAUGAAACAAAUUAUUAAAAUAUAAUAAAUAAUUUUUUUUAAUUAAAAAUUUAAGUUAAAAAAUAAAUAACCCACCCACAAAAUCUAUGGUACUCAUAAGUACUAUAUCUCUAUAGUCGGACUGCAGAAAGUUAAGUCAGUGUAAAAUGUAAAAGGGACUGUCAAAUAUUUCGUUGUCUACUUGUCUUUUGAUGCUGGCGACUAUUUUGAUGGCAUGUACUCCUUAGUCAUACCACGGACAGUUCGAUUAAAACGACACUAAAAGGUUUAUGGUACAUAGUGGGUUUUAUUUUGACAGCACUAAACAUCAACUUGGUUCACAUUGAAGUUGAGACAUGAAUUCAUAUGCAGAACAAUAUUCUCCUUAGGCAAAAAUCCCACAGCUAAUCUAUCUAAAAAUACUAUCCCCUCUGUUGCUUGCUCCAUCUCACACACUGACUCUCUAGAUCCCUAGUUCACUCUACGCUCAAAAUCGUUGUCACCCCUCUUAUCACCCAAAAUUCAUGCGUCACCGUCCUUGACUUGAAAACAGUUCACACUCUUUCACAUAACCCAAUCGUCGCAACAUCACAACACACACAUUACCACUGAUUUCAUGAUCUUGACAGGGACUGCUUGCCCAUGAUGGGGUUGAAAUGGCUAGAAAGACUUUGCAAUUGUAUGCUAGUAAUUAGUUUUUGUAGUGUUGCGUUUGUUUUAAAUGUGGUAAAUUAUAGAUUUAAAGAUAACUGAUCUGUUAAAAACUGGCCAUUUAUGGUCAUUCAUUCCAGAAAAAAAACUUUAAAUGUGGUAAAUUAUAGAUUUGUAUUUUGUUGACUUUGUACCGCGCUUCGAGCCUUUGGGGAUGAAGCGUGUUUUUGAAAUGAACUUUAUUAUUAUUAUUAUUAUUAUUAUUAUGAUAGCUUCAGGGGAUGAACUCUCACAUCAAUUUUGCUAUCUACUUUGGGCAAAGGUGCAUUACAUCCUUCUGAUUAUGGUUAGGCCCUCUACCUGUACAACCAACCUAAUUUAUGUGGCUCACAUUGAAAAAUCAAUUACAUUUAUAGUGAUAAACUUAUUUUCUAUAAACCUGCAAAUAAAUUGUUUGGAUGGAUGUAAUAAAUUUAUGGCUCACUGUUGGCUGAAUAUGUCCUUGUCCAGUCCGAAGUCAGUAAUCUUGCUGGCAAACAUGGUCAUAGAACCAAAACAAACACAGCCAUAGAACAAACAAACAAAAAAAAUUAAUAAUAACAUUAUCAUUAAACUAGAAGCAUUUUCAUAUUAUUAAUGGCACUGUUAGAAGCUGUUUAGAUUUUUCAUUAAAUUUGAUCACAUUUACCCUUAUUUUUUUGUUGACAGGUCACUGUCCUCUCUUGGUGAUGUUAUCUCAGCCUUAAAGAACAAGCAUUCCCAUAUACCUUACCGCAACUCAAAGCUGACUUACUUGCUGCAAGAGUCUUUGGGUAUGAUACUGUACUAAUCAUUACCACAUUAACCUCUUGCUUUUACCUUAUAUAAAUUGUGUAGCUUACAUUAUAAGUAAAUGGUGAAAUUUGUUGAAUCAUCUUACCAUACAGCAAGAUAAUCAAAGCAAAAUUUGGUCUGCCUUUGCUUUUGCAAUCUCUUCUAGUUAUUAGUUUCCUCUCUCAAAUUAUUGCUUGAUCAGAAUUAGUUUAUACAGCUUGUUUUUAUUUGCCUUAUAAUUGAAAUUUAAAAAGUAAUGUUUCAAUGUCUGAAAUUUUAAAAAAUUUAAUGAGACAUUAUGUUAAAAACUGGUUAUAAGAGGGCUGGACUGCGAUAAAGCUUUUAAGUAGAUUGAUGAGACACAACUUAUGUGGAUAAAAUGGUAUACGGGCUUUAAUUAUCAUUUGACAACAUACAAAUUUUAACAUUUAGGCCAAUGUCUUAAACAUUACAACAAAAAGCAUUAAUUUAAAUUAAAUUUUACUGAAUAUAUUUAUAUACGACCUAUUCUUUUUUUAGAAAAUGAAAGGAAAGAAAAGAAAAACGAUGGGCAAAGUCCCUCUUGAAAAAAAAGAUAACUGAUCUGUUAAAAACUGGCCAUUUAUGGUCAUUCAUUCCAGAAAAAAAACUAUAAUUCAAGCCCAGGUGCCUUUGCACUUCUCACUUCGUUUGGUUCAUUUAUAACAAUUACACUGUAAGUGUCCUUUAUAAUUCACCACAUUGAUUCUUGACUCCAGGGGGUGAUAGUAAGACGCUGAUGAUCCUUCAGGUUUCUCCUGUGGAGAAGAAUGUCAGUGAAACCGUCUGUACUUUGAGCUUUGGCCAGAGGGUCAGGUCUGCUGAGCUGGGAGCAGCAACAAGAAAGUUGGAAGAGGGGAAGGUGAGAAAACUAUGGAAGAGCAUUUCCUGCACUAGAUAAUAUCAGGGUUGUGGAAUCCUGAGUGAUAAACCCAUUUUUUUACCCUCAGAUUCUAUAUUAAAAAUUCUCAUUUAAAAGUUCCUUCAUUCAAUUUUAUGUACAUAAUAAAUUUUUAAAAAUAAAUUAUUAGAGAAAAAAUUCACCAUGAUGUCUUGACUUUUCCCAUUCCCUGCUCCUGUUGUUAAAAAAAUAAUCUGACCUCAGUCUUGAGUACAGAUGUUGAGGUGUGCAAUUUUUUAUUAUAAACUAAAAUUAUAAAUCAGCAAUAUAUUAGAAAGCCUAUACAAGAGAUAAAAUGUGAUCAAAUGAUAUAUUAAUGUAGAAAAUGCUCUUCCUCAAAUUUCAAGAAUAUUUCACUGUUUUUUUUUUUUUUUUUUUUUUUUUUUUUUUUUUUUUUUUUUUUUUUUUUUUUUUUUUUUUUUUUUUUUUUUUUCACAAAUUAAAUUUAUAGAAAUGUCCUGAAACUGGUACAAGAAAAAAGUUCAAAUGUCUUGAACAUUGAUUAAGCAGUAGAAUGUUUAUAUUUUACUGAAAACUCCAAAAAUAUUAGUACAAUAGUUUAUAAAUAACACUUAAUUUAAUAUACUUUAAAGCAACACAAGCAACAAACUUAAAAUUUUGCGUUCACCUCUAGUCUUUUAUGUCCAUUCAAGUUCUGAGAGUCACAUCUUGUUUAAAAGACCUUAUCUACAAAUAAAUGAGACUGGUCUUUCCUAAUUGAAACCCUUAAAUAAAAAUGCAAUUUAAAGUUUUGGAAGCUUUGAUAAACUUAUUUAAAAUGAAUUGGCUGGGCUCUUGGUAGUUGAGUUUUGUUAUCACUCUGAGACAAUAUGUUUUGACAGGUGCCCAUGUACAGAGUAGGUGAAUGGAGACUACCUUUAACAAGGGUGAGAUAUAGUCAGUAGAGGCUCACCUGUUAUUCCAACAAAUUUUGAAAGGGAAUAUUUAAAUGUUUUUAUCGUUCCAGUGAAGAAUUGAAUUGUAAAUUUCAAAUUCUUUUCCUUGGGCAGUAACUGUAUUAAAAUUAACAAAAUAACAAAUUAACAUAAUCAAUUAUGUACAUAUGUUUAACCAAUUAACCAUGUUAUUUUGGAAUUGAUUGAGAAGAGUAUGCAAUAGUAAUUUGUUAAUUUGCAAAAUUCUUUCUACAACCAUUUCUAUAUUUGGUUUAAAAGUAAAACUAAAUUAUGUUUCUAUGUUCUCAUUAAAUGCUGGAUUGUGGAGUGGAUAAUUCAUGGCAUGAGAAGUAACAGUUGCUCCAAUAAUAGCUUUAAAAUUAAGAAAUAAAAAAAGAAGUAUCUAAUUUAAUCAAACAAGAAUUUGAAAAACUAAUAUUACUUCAAAUAUAAAAAUAAUUAAAUGAGGAUAACAGCAAAGAUUAUUACCAUGACACUGGAGCAACAAAAUUUUAAAAUGAGAUUAUGUAAGUAACUUUCAUCUGCAAAGUAACAAUGCUGACACGUAGAAUAGAAUAUUAUUAAGUUGUGCCACCCUCUGGAAAUAAAUAACAAAACGUUUUUACUGAAAUAAAGGUUGUGUUUAAUGAUGGCUGAACAGAUAUUUGAAUUGAAUAUCACCCAGCAGCAUGCAUGCACUUGAGUUUUUCCUCUUCUACAUUACAUUUUGUUCUCUCUACAGAACACACCAGCAAGUUCCAGGCGUCCAAACAAUGAAACACCAAAGUUGCAAACACCUGUCACACCGUCCAACAACACACCAACUGUUCAAAAGGGAUCUGCUGUGCCGUCCAAACUCAUGCAGAAACUGAAAUGAAAAAAUGAACUUAUUAAAUUUUAAAUCAGAGUUUCAAUGAAUGUUGUUCGGAAAUAUAAAUUACAACAUCUUUAAGUGUUAAAAUUCUCACUUGAACACAUAAAUAUAUAUCUGAUAAAAUUAAGUAAUAAACUAUAUUGCUAUCCAUGGAUAGAUGUCACCAGAAACUGUACCUUUGCUGCCUAAAAGAUGUCAAUUUAAUUAGCCAUUAAAUGUAAUCUAAUAAAAAUUUAGUUAUUUCAUUUGAUGUUUUUGUAGAUUUUUAAGGAUAUAUCUUACCUCAAACAUAAAUCAAUAUUCUAGUAUAAAAACAAGGAAACCAAAUAAGGCACACACAAAAUUUUUAAGCUGCAGUACUUUUAUUUGUUAAAUAUUUACUUAAUUUUGUGAAUGUUAUACAUUAUGUUGAUAU